GAUGCGGAAACAAACUGGGAGGGGGCAUUUCAUUUGGCCAGUUCCAAUAAUAAUUUGACUUGGAUGGUGUAAAAUAUCAAGCAUGAUACAGAUCACAAAAGGCAAAGGUUUUUUGGGGGGGGGCAAAUGUAGCCUGGUACUCCAGACUCUCUGCUGUUCCAGCUAUUGAGUCUGGACACCAUUAAGCGGAUAAAAUUUCCAGGGCGGAGCAAGCCACAGCAAACUGACAGCGGAGUGGACCAAUCAGCGACGGGCGGGACGAGGGACUUGAGCGCGGAAGUAAACAUACGAGGAGAGCGGAGUUUAUUCAACAUGGCUAGCGCGAGACACUAGCCACGUUUACAUGGAGCCAAAUAUUCCAAUUGCAAUCGGUUUAGAUGUUCAAACCGAAUAAAUGUGUUCCAUAUAAACACCUCAUUCGGAAUGAACAGGCCCAAACCGAAUGGAAUUUCAUUCCGAUUCACAGGGGUGGAAUAUUCCUUUUCCCAAACCGAUUAGAAGUAAAAUUAUAUCAUGUAUACAGGGAAGCGGAAUGGUGUCUGGUUGCGUUCUUUCUGCACAUGCUCCGUACUGACGUGGUGACGUCACUUGGUGAGGUAAGUAACGUCACUUGCAACAUGGCUUCCAAGCACAGCGCACUUAAUUGGAGUCCGGCGGAAAGUUUAUAUCCAUGAAUCCCUCCACCAGCCCACACAACUUUUUAAAUGAACGGCGUGUCAUUCUGAAGUUUUGUUUCCACUCGAAAAGUUAAAACAGCAGCUGAUCUGACGAUCGAUCUCCAUGUUUUGCAACGUGACGCUUUGUUUUGAUUAAUCUGCGCAUGUCAGACGGCAGUUGUCAAACGUCCUUUCGGAAUAAAGGCAGACACAUGUAAACGCUGGAUCGGAAUAGAUGAAGUGACAUGUAAACAGCUGAUGUGAAAUUUCCAUUCGGAAUGAUUUGAAUCGGUAUGAAUAAAAGUCAGCAUGUAAACGUGGCUCAUGAUUCAUAUAAAGUUGCCGUCUUGGGUUAUUUCAAAGUUAUACAAUUGCAAAAGUGACUCCAUUAAAACUGAAUGGUAACCUACAUAAUAGGUCUGCACAAUAUAUCAUUUGAACAUCUCCAUCGGAAUGUGAGCAUGCGCAUUAGUCACAGCACAGGAUGUGCAAUUGUUUUUUUUAACAUGUAAACUUUUGUUUCUAUAAAAGCAGCAAAUCCAGUGCAGAUCCUGGAUGACUUUAAUAUACAGCAACCCAUGAUUAAAUGGCAUUUUAUAAAUUGGGGAUGUCCCCGAUCAUGUUAUCGGAUAUCGGGCCAAUUGCUCCAUUUUUCAGAGGAUCGGCAUGAGGUGUCAAAGAUGGGGUUUAAAAAAAAAAAAAAAAAAUCACCUCCACAACCUCUCACCCUCCCUUCUGCUAAGCAGCAUGGCCAAACUUUUGUUGGUCACCAGUGCAGCUGGUUGGUAAGUAAAGUUAACGAUAAUUGACAGGUUUGUACUUUGUAGCUGUGAUCUGGCCAGAGAGGCCUUGGUAGCUACGAUCAAAGGCACAAAUGUGUUAAUCAUUGUUAACCUGCAGGCCAGUCUGAAGUGUGCUGCGCCAACUCAUUCGUUGUCGAAGGCUACGUUCAUACUGCACGUCUUAAUGCACAAAUCAGAUUUUUUUGGUCAUGUUUUUUUGGCGUGCCUGUUCAGGCUGCCUUUGUCCAUUGAGACAGUUCAAGUAUUACGCAUGCGCACUAAUUCGCAGUCCGACGCACAGUGAGCAAGACCUGCAUGUGCAGAAGCAUCAAAACAAAUGACUACACAUUCUGGCUGUCAUCAGUCAUUCCAGGGUAAUCAUAUUUUCAUUUCCAAAAAGAGGACAUAAAUAACAGACAUAAAUAAUCCCAGUUUAUGCUUACAGUAUAUUCAGUUUCUGUGGAUCGAUAGCAUGCACAUACUGUCCGUGCAUGUCACACACACAUAUGGGCAGUUUGCCCCCAACUUUUGGCCCUGUAAACAAUCUUUGAAGUAUUGCUCAUAUAGAGCAAAGAGAAAACCGAUCAUUAUCAGGCUUAUCCUCAACCCAUUAUUUUUUUGUGACUGUUGCCAAGCCCAACCCUUCCCCAAAAGCCGUGUUCAAGGCAAGCUAGGCGCUAACGCACAGCUGCACCGCUACCGAAGCCCACAGUCUUUCUCGCUCUUUGACGUAAUUGCUGCAUGAAUUCCGAUUUUGGGAGACUUGCCAGUUCAGACUGCCGCGACGUUCUGGAAAAAUGUGGCCUAGCUGGGUUUUAAACCACAUACGAAAGUGACCCAGAUCGGAUUUGAAAUGGUCCACUUCUAUGCGACUCACACAGUGAAGUUAAUGCCUCACUCGAUUCGGAAAAACACGCAAAAAUCUGAUUCGUGCAUUAAGACCUGCAGUAUGAACGUAGCCUAAGUAAGAGGCUGUUCUCGGCAGUGUAUUCAUUAAAUUUGAGUGGACUCACUCAAUGAAGCAUUUAACAAAGACGAGCAUUUUUCUACGUUAUUCUUAAAUGUAUUGUAAUUCACAUUAUGAAGGCAGCACGGUGGGACAAUGGUUAGCACGUCUACCUCACAGUUCUGGGAUCAUAGGUGAAAUUCCGGCUCCGGCCUUCUAGUACGGAGUUUGCGUGUUCUUCACAUGUCUGAGUGGGUUUUCCCUGGGUUCCUGAGACAUCCCAAAACACCGUGCAUGGUUUGCUGAUCAAACACUCCAAAUUGUCCGUGGGGGUGUGUGUAUGCGUGAUUGGUUGUGUGUCUGUAUGUGCCCUGCGACUGGCUGGCAACCUGUUCAGGUCGUACCCCGCCUUCUGCCUGGAGUUGGCUGUAAUAAGCUCCAUCACCCCCGCAACUCUUGUGAGGAUAUGUGGUUCAGAAGAUGAAUGAAGAUAUUAUAUGAAUGUUAUGGAGAGUGAUUAAGAGUAUGGUGUUAGAGGUGAUGCAAAGAAAAAUGUAUGUGUGCCUACAUUUUGUGAUGGUGCACUUUAAGAAAGGGUUAGGCACACCAGUGCAACCAGUGCAAAAAGUGUGGAGCCUUAGCAAUUUAUAUUGCAUUGUUAAUUUUUUUCCAAUAUGGUUCAGGCCUAUCCCAAAUAAAGUUAUCUGGUGAAAAUUGUAGUUUUAAAAUGAUUAUAGUAUCGGAAUAUAUCGCAAACUCCCCAAACAUUGCAAUGAUAGUUUUUGCCAAUAUUGUUCAGGCCUACUACAUAUGGUUAUCGGUAUCUCGCAAAUCACCUUUUAUGUCUCCAUAAGGACCUAUUUUAGGGUGCAUGAGAUUCACAAAUCAAAAUAAGGACUUGGUUUUAUUUUGCUGACGUUUGCUAGUCACGUUGCUGCCUGAGAUGGUGCAAUGAUGAGGAUAUGUUCUUUUAUAAGUAUACAAGCAUAUAGUGACUAAUUGAAUCUUAUCAGUUUAGGCAUAUUUGUUUCUUAUUAUACUAUCAAAAUUUAAAACUCUGACAGUAAAGUGUAGUAAAUUCUAAUGCUUAAAAGUGGUCUUUAAUUUAGGCUUCCUCAUCUUUAGCACCACAGUUUCACAAUCGGGGGUCUCUUAAAUUGUGUCAUAAAUUUCAAGUAAUCUGAUUACGGCAUCUGAGCAGUAUGUUUUUAUUCCAUAAGCAUUUCAAACAGCAUUGUGUAUCCCCUCUACACCCUGCCUGUGUUACCUCCUUAAGUUCCCCUCACCCUGCAGUUAUGAUGUCACCGCUACCUUUCGUGGGCAACGUGUUGGAUGGUCUGGGGCGAAAGGGUCAUGGCUAAGUGGGAGGACCGCUGACCCGAGGGCUGAUCAUCUUCCAAGUUUUGCCACUGCAAUCCGUGGCGUGUCCUAAAAUAACUAGGCAGAGUAUAAAAAGGUCCUAUGAGAGGUCUGGCCUUCAGAGGAGCAGCUCCACAUAGUUGAUCCACACACAGGGAGACUGGAGUUUUCAGCAUACUGAUAUCUAGGACAUUUCAAAGUUGAAUUUCUUGUCUUUUUCCCCUCUCUGAAUAAGCCAACUCUGACAGGAAGAUGAAGUACUACCAGUUCCCCGCUUCUCACACUGUUUCCCUUCGCGCUUAUGGCCAGGACAAGUGCAAGAGUGCGGUUUCUCAAAAGCCCAUCCGCAGCGUGCAUUUCCCCAAUGAAAUAGUUUUCCAGGACUUUGUGCGGCAUGGUGAGCUGGAGAGGAUUGGACGCUUCAUCCGAGCAAGAAGGGUUACUCUAGAUGCCAUCUACCCCUCUGGUAUGGCUGCCAUCCACGAGGCUGUUCUGUCUGGUAAUCUAGAGUGCGUGGAGCUGUUGGUCCACUACGGCGCAGACAUCCACCAGAGAGACGACGAAGGCUGGACGCCGCUGCACAUGGCCUGCAGCGACGGCUUUCCUCACAUAGCACGUUAUCUUCUCUCGUUGGGCGCUGAUCCUAAUCUGGAAAAUGAUUGCGGGGAGAAGCCGUGUGAUCUAAUCGACCCAGAGAACAAGGAACUACUGGACCUGUUUGGUAUUGUUGAUAACGACUGACUCUGAAAAUCAGGCAGGACCCAAGACUGGUCCGGUCUUUCCAUUUGUUCUGGUAAAGCAGACAGAAGUUCUCCGUGAACCAGAAAGCCGCUUCAUCCGUGGAAGUGACAAUGAAUGUCUGGUGGAUGUAAAACAGACAUGGCAGGCUUCUCCCUACAUGGAGUUGCAGCAGCCGGUUUGGGCCUUUUUUUAAUCAUACAGUGAGUUACAAUGAAUAAUUCAAACUUUUUAAAAUUAUUCACUAUACAUGAUUUUGAACAUGAAACCUCACUGCUCAUUUACGAAUGGAUGCUUGUAUCCUUCUGACAAUGAGAGCGGUAGUAGUUAUGAGCUAUUGAAGAAAAAAAAAUUCUAAGAAUGGCACCUGAGUGAUAGAAGCAGACUUAUGUGCAAUGUCUUUUUUUUUUUUAGUUUAUAUAGUCAUGAUAAUGUUUUAUCAAUAACUGUAUAGUCUUACUUUUGUACUUGUCAAAUAAAACAUUUGCCUGAUUAAUUCAUAUCAUAACUUCUCAGUUCUGACCAGCACACCACCAGGUCAAGUCACAAGAAUUGGCCCUUUUUAGGGCAGUCAUUGGCUGCCAUUAACGGCACUAGGUGUCCAAUCCAUUUUGACAGGGAGAGGCUGACAACAAAUGAUCAUUGUCAACCCUCCCAUACAAAAUGGAUUGGACAAACAGUUGUUUGUGACUGGGAGGCUAUCUUGACUUUUUUUAAGCGAAAGAAGGCAAUUUGGUGUCAUCUAAAUUUAUUUGCUUGUCCUUUUGCUGUAUUUGCCUGUACCUGUACCCAUCAAUGUGUGAAAAUUCUAUAAAAAUAUUUGGAAAAAUAAAGUGGGUUGGAUGCCUAGCACCAUCAAUGGUACGGAAACGGGCAUUCACAGCUGAUCCAGUUCAAAUUAAUUGGACGUAUAUCUUUGUCAAUAGCAAUGGAUUAAAAUAUGAAAUUAAAAAAGAAAAAACAAGAUCCCUCCUGAGUGUUACUGAAGCCAUGUCCACGCAUUGCAGGGUAUUUGGGCAAAAAGAACUUUCUACGGUUUCGCCUAUCAUUCAAGCGCAUAUUUAAACCAGAGUUCUUAAAAACUUCACUAACUGCGACAAACUUUGUCCCUACGUCACACAUGAGACCAAUGUUUACAUUUGGAGUAAAUUAGGUGGUUAUUUUGCUUCCAUUUAUUUAACAAACUCUUGCAGUGCUUCAUAUUGAAGAACACAUGCGAAUG